AUGGACAUUGAAGGACACAGUGAAGAAUCCAAAUGUUCUGUUGAUGAUCCCGGGGAAGAGGUUGAUGCCCAGAAUUUUGAGGUAUAUUUGACGAGGAUCUAUUUGGGGGCUAAGCAGCGACAUGACAACUCCAGACGGAAAAUAGAUAUGACACAUACACGUAUUCUAAUAAUGAGACGUGGUCGACCACGUAAGAGGGCGAUAGAUUCUCCAGAGACAGAGUCUCUAGAGAGAUCUACUGGGGUCGAGCCUGUCUGUCAGGAACAGACUCCUCAGGGUAUUGUGAGCACGUCGGGUUAUCAGACCCUGAUGGUUCCAACUUCAGAGGUACCUGUCUCGAUAGUACCACCAGUGGUACCACCGUCGGUAUAUUCGACGCCUCCCCCAUCAGCAGUACCCGCAGUAUACCCAGCCACCUCUCUAGCCGUGCCUGCUACUAUAUAUUUGGCACCACAGAUACCUGUGUCGGUUACUACAUACUCGGCACCAGUACCAGCAGUACUGGUUGCUCCUUACCCGGUAGCAUCCACCGUAUCUUCAGUCGCCCCUACUUACGUUUACUCAGUAGUUCCGCCAUCAGUACUACCCAUAGGAUCAACUCCCGUGGUUCUGCCCAGUUCCUCGACGAUUCCCACUGAUAUAGUUGCGGUGCACGCAUGGAUUCUAGCCUUAGCAGAGUCGGGACAGACAGAGCAGAGUAUUCUUGUCACCAUGGUUGCUCAGUCAUCGAUUAGGAUGAGGAUUCAAGAGGCCCAGGCCAGAGAUCAGCAUUUACAGUUCAUUGGCAGCCAGAAAUCUUUCGGGCAGUAG